UGUUUUGCCUGGCAGCCCAGCCAGCGCGAGUUACGUAUGUAAAUGUACACCAGAAGUGGUUCAAAAAGCGUUACAAACUUGAACUUUGUUAUUUGCUUUCUAUGUCGAUAAGUAUUGACCAACGCUGAUAUAAUGGAGCCUCACUUAUGUAGAGGGUUUUGGUCGGCCCGACUGUUUAUUUCCCUGGCGAAAACCUGAUUGGAAAUCCGAGCGAAGGUUGGCGGAAUGCUUUGUUAGAAGGCCACAACGCCCUUGGUCAAAGUCCAUCUGCUGGCCCAGGUGCAACUUUCUCAUGUAAUGCUCAGCCCUGAUGUUCCACUGUCAUGUAAUAUUAGCACAUAUCCAGCCACUGGUAUUGGAACAGCUUGUUCUCUCCCCCCUGUUGGGAGAACCACAAAAUUGGCACCGAUUCACCAUCAAGCAUUAACCUCGCUGAGAAGCACCCGGCUGGAAUUGGAAUGGCCAGUGCACCUAAGAAAUCAACCCCCAAAUCAAAAAUGGCAGACAAGGAGUCGGACAAGUCCAGCAUGGACAAACUGACACGAAUGGCAUCAUCAGUUGAGAUUGGAACAGGUGUCUUAGGAAGCUUCAAAUUCAAGGGCCCCCUGCGCACUAGGGCAUUCACCACAUCGGUUUUAGAGACCAAGACAGACAUGGCGGAGGUAUUGGCUUCCAGCGCACCCAAACUCUCAGGCCAGCCCCUGGAUUAUCAAACGGCUGUGGAACUGAAGCAGGUGCUAUUUGGCUCUCGUAUGUUCUCCUUUGAUGAGGAAUGGAAAAGCAGCUGCUUCCAAUGGCAGAGUCUAAAGGGGCCGUUUCCGUACGGCUUGUUCUGCCCAAGGGACAAAGCGCGAGGGGUGAUCAUGGCAAUACAGGUCCACAUUGUUCGGCACCUCUUGUUUGAAAAAGAGGAGGGAGUCCAUUACCUGCACGAUGAGACCGACUCACUAGACGUCUCAAGUGCGUACCGUCUGCAGCCUUCUGACGAGGAAAGGAGACAAGCCUUUCUGAUGGCCCUGGUCGAUAUCCUGUGGACGGCCGGUGAUGACAAGAGGGCAACGGUGGUGCUGCAAGACAGGAAGAAACCCGGUUUGCUGCACUCGGAGGAGAAGAAACUGCAGUUCUUCGCUCAGUCGCUGCAUGUGUCAGAGUUCACAGAGAAAGAGGCGCUGCGAAUAUUUCUAAGGAAUCACCUAGAACUGCUGAUGUACCAUGAAGGUGGUGGAGUCCUCAUGAUCCUGUUUAGCCUGAUAUUAUCCAGAACGUUACCCAAACUGCGUGAAGAUCUUCAAGGAGAGCUGCUCUUCACUGAUAGAAACCAGUGUUCCGUAGCACUCAUCAUGAUGGUGCUGACAGGCCAUGCAACCUCUCACCUCUUCAAUGGGAAGAAGGUUUAUGACAAGGAUGGUGAAGCACUGCCUAAGCCCUUGAUCGGGAUGCUGCGUCGAGCCGAGUGUGGUUUCCUCGUGGUGGACAGAAGUAAAGUCAAGGAAGAGGAGAAAGUAGAGGUUGGGAGCAUGUUGAAGACACCCCGGGUACCAGUCUGGCUGACCUUCCUCAACGGUCGCUACUCCAUGCUAUUCUGCACCAACAUCCGGCUCACCAGUGACUGGAGGGCAGAGCACCGGUUCCUGCUGCAUUAUUACAACGGCCAGCCAGACCAGACUGAGGAAGCCGUCCUGACCAUCGAUACCAAGACAAGUGCUCCUCAGCAAGGCUCCGAAAAUUUUGAGGAGAGGCAGCCACCACUGCUGGAAGAAUGCAUCCACAGCAGGUGGCCAGAUGCUUACAUUGAUUGGAACAGAGCGUUGCCUUUCAUCUGAAACCCUCCAAAUUGGAGCAACAAUGUAAGAGCAACGGCAAGCAGUACUCAGCCUAGUGACAGAUCCCUGCAAUAGUCAAGAUUAACAGAAGCACAGAUUUACUGACGUUGUUCAGGUCUUGCCCAGCCUUCCCCAACCCUUGCUUUAAGAGUUUAAAUCAAACCACACGGACAGCAAAAUGCCAUGAACUGUGAUGCAUGAUAUAUGUUCAUUCCAGCUUAAAGGCGGUAACUGAAUCUUUAGCUUAAACACUAAUUUCUUUUAGUCUUUCGUUACCAGAGCCACCUUAUUAGAUUCCAAGUUUGUAUUCAAGACGUGGGGAUUACCAUUCGGUACCUGCAAAGCGUGUCCAAGAGUGUUUACAAUGAGACGUACGUAGUUUCCUGAGUAAGUUCUCAGAUUCAAGAACUCUUAAAUUGAUUCAGUGGCAGCAUUAUGUUACUACCUAAUAAUGAGCUAGGAGUGUCCGAGACAAGCUAACAGUAGCAGUUUUCAUCAGGGGAAGCCGAAGAGGAUUCAGUGAGGUAUAGAGAUGUGUUUAGUUUAUUUGACUGUCACCAAGGUUCAUGCUGAACAUGUGAGCAGAGUGAACAUUGUAAGCAUGAUGCCUACUGUCAAACUCUUUAGAAUAAGUGAGGAAUGUUGUUUGCAGGGAAACAUAUAUUUUAGGAAUCCAUGUUGAGAAGACAAAGUUUGCAAAAUCUGCAUUGCUGCCAGGCUGUAGUUGUAGAUUUGGUUGCAAGAAUGAGCCUGGUUGGUAUUCUAAUAAUGCAUGCCUCAGACUUAAGUACAUUGAAGGCGAUUUGAGAAAAGCAGCAUGCGAUAGUCUGUCCUAUCAACGCAGCCAUACGCCAACUCACACAGAUCAAAGACUUUGCCUUUAUGAAAUACCGCACUGGUUCAUUGUUCUUUUGUGUAUCCCCAGGAAUAGGUGGUUCUAUUUUGAGAUUCUUCCAAACUGAAAAUCCAUCCAUUUACAAGUCUUGAUUCAGACACGGAUGAUCUUGGCCUUUUUUAUCUGUUUAGAUUGAAUCAAGUGUUGUUGAUACUGGUAGGAGGACCUCUAUUUACCAAAGUGGCCAUUAGGAAGCUAUUUUGUUUGAAACAGUUCAGAAAGUAGCACAUGUAUGUGAUUAUCCAAUAGUGCUAGUUCAAAUUCCAAAGGAAACUGGGGGGAAAGUGGAAAAGAAAAAGCUUACUGCUUUGCAUUUUUUUGUGAACCUUCAAAAUUUUAUGCUCGAUUGUUUUCACCAGAGUGAAUGAAUUUCUUAUUCAAAGUAAAUGGCAAUUCCCAUCAUUUUCAUUAUAAAGGUUAUAGCUAGAGCAAGGGUUUUUUCCUUCCAAACUUCCGCAAGUACGCUCCUAACUGAAAACUUUAGAGGACUUGAAGUUUCGAAUAGGUGCAUGAUGUAAACAGGAAAACAGUUUUGAAAAAGUUGAUAUAGAAAGGUUUACUUGCGUAUUUUACCCAUAAAUUUAUCACACUGAAAUACAUGUACAUUUAAGUUCUGAUCUUAAUGUUUCUGCCUACAAUAUUAUUUUGUCUGUUCUGUGUUUGCAUAUUCAGAUCUCUUCUGUUAUUUAAAUACAUGUAGAUAAGCUCUGCCCUCUGACCUUUUUUUAUGGCGCAAUCUAACCUUUAAAUAUAAGUUCCAAGAGAAAUUUCUUGAAGAGGCCUGUGGCCUGGUGGUCUAGCUUGCUGACUGCCAGGCCAGGGGACCCCGGUUCAAAUCCAGCCGGGGUCCUGGAAAAGGAAGUUUUUUUUUUUUUUUUUUUUUUUUUUACUAAGUUUUUUAACAAAAUUGUGCAUGCCCACCUGGAAUUGAACCCAGGUCCUUGUGCAUAGCAGUCGGUGUCCUUAACCACUAUGCCACGGCUCUUUCUUGAAUAAUUGUGCUCGUUUCUAAAUCUUAAACCUUCUGGUGUUUGGACUUAGAAUAUUUUCAGACAAAGUCUGUAUUGGAGAUGGCAAGGGCACUUGAUGGAAGGCUUGGAUGUCUUAGAGCUGAUAAGGGUAAAAAGAGGAUGGUUGAGGGAUUAGGACUAUCAGCAGAGACAGGGUUUGAGGAUCCAAGGUAGUGGAAGGGCAAAGCUUCUUAAUAUUACAGAUUGCUAGUGAAUUUAUUUUAGCCCUUAAAAAGGAUAAGAAACAAGGCUGUAAGGAGCUGAAGGAGCUUGGAAGAUUUUGUUAGAAAGGGGCAGGACUUUGGGUGGGUCAGUAAUGUAACAUCUAAGGAAUUAGGAAAUGAAUGCAAAUCAGGCAGUGUAACUUUGGUUGAUAAGGGAUAAAUAAGGGAUAAGUAGCAAAGGACUACUUUUUCACCAAUGGAAUUAAAAACUCAAAAGUUUUUUUUCUGAUAAAUUAAACAUUUAUUUGACAUGCAGAUUGAUUUGAAAUUGAUGUACAUUUACAGGGUGAUGUUGUUGCAUUAACCCAAAGAUAUCAAGCACAUAAAUGUAUUCUUUGAGUGUUUCUGAACCACUGACAUAGUGCAAGGCAGAUCAGAAGUGUAUUCAACUUAUCCAAUGCUACUGAAAUGGUCUAAAGACACUGUUCAGAUAACGGAUGUGACUACUGGUAUCCAUUGCCAGCAUAUUUAUACAAAAUAUUUAUACCAAACGUCUGCUUUAAAUGUAAAUUUUCCAAAGAUCUGCUUCCUUUCUAUGUGUAAAUAGACAAACAGAAGACCGUCCUGUUAAAUCACCCACAGGUUCUGAACUUGUUUGGACUGAAACUUGCCUACAAUUGAAUUUCUUAAAAUCCGACUUAAAAUGUUGGCUGAAGGAAAUUGUUAUGAAGGUAUCCUGCCAAUCUACGUCCAAUACUGUCCUAAUGGGUACCCAUGAAGUCAACUCGGCAUUUUUUGUUUGCUUGCCAUGUAACUGUAGAACUAAAUAUAGUAGCUUUUCUUGUAUCAGUAGAAGUGUGUGGACAUGCUAUGUAGCUGCUUCUAGUUGACAUUUCAACAUUUAUGAAAUUUUGACUUGCCACCAUUUUAUUUCUAUUGUAGUUCCAAAAGGUGUCAAAUGAUGACCUUGAUUAUUGUGUGUAUUUUUUUCUAAUGUAGGACCAGACUUUUCUGAUCCUUUUCAGAAUUGUGAGACAAGCAAUUUCAUAUUGGUGCAAGUAUGUUUCAACUUAGAGUUGGAAAACAUUUGACUUCUUUGUGGACCGUCUUGACAUACAUUAAUUAUGAAAUUGAAAUGAGAAAUAAAAUUUUUUCAAGUAUUUAGAAAGGAGGCAAAGUAAAACAGCAAAAUUCCUGUUCACUAGAUUUUGUCAUACUUUGACGAUAUAAACCUUUGCAAACAUGAUAUCUAUGCUUACCAGUGAAUUCAUAUCAGGUAAUUAUGCUGUGGUCCUUAAAACUAUUUCAUACAUGUAACACUUUGAUCUCUUGAGCAAACCUUGGUUCAGGUUUUAGGGGCAUUGUUUGGGUGUGGUUUUGCUUUGGGUGUGAUGCUCCUUAUCUUAAAUCUCCUCGGUGUGUCAAACAAGAACCAAGGAUUAUUUUGUAUCAUCAUUGAUCGUCUCAAAGGCAAAAUAAAUACAAAGAAUUUCAA